AUGGGGGGAGGGGACCGAAUUCCAGCAAUGAAUAAACAAAUGGCACCAUCUGAUCCGGGGCAAAAUUUAUAUCUUCAUGCCGUCGUCGAUCUAGGCAGUAAUGGCAUUCGCUGUUCGAUUUCCGAUCUCUCACCUCCAAGCACUCGAGUCAUCCCUACAGUACACUUUCAUCGGGUCAAUAUCUCACUCUACGAGGCCCAAAUUGACCCCGAGUCGGGCAGCCGAAUUCCUAUCCCACAGCAGGUUAUCGACCGAAUCGUCAGUGCCAUAGUUCGAUUCCAGAUUGUUUGCACGGAACUCAGCGUGCCUGCACAAAAUAUUCGAAUCAUCGCUACGGAAGCAACUCGGACUGCCAUUAAUGCCUCUGCGUUCAUCGAUGCCAUCUGCCACAAAACAGGGAUUGUGGUGGAAGCCCUAAGAAAGGAGGAAGAAGGAGUUAUUGGAGCUUGGGGAAUCGCUAGUAGUUUCUCAGAUGUGGAAGGACUUGCGCUGGAUCUGGGGGGUGGGAGCAUGCAGAUGACCUGGAUCACUUCUCACACAGGCAACGUGCGCAUGAGUUCCCAAGGAUCGGUCAGCUUUCCCUACGGGGCAGCUGCAUUGACACAAAAGCUGGCAGAGCUAAAAAGACACAAAAAUAAAGAGGAAGCGCGGAGAGCUCUUGAAAAUUUCCGCAGGGAAAUGGCUGACAAUUUUUGCGCCGCGUUUGAUACUCUUGGUGUCCCUGAGCAGCUCAUUCGAAAGGCUCGCGAGCAGGGCGGCUUCCCUCUUUAUCUCUCAGGUGGUGGGUUCCGGGGUUGGGGCUAUCUUCUGUUAUAUCUCCACCAGACCAGAGGUCAAAGUUACCCCAUCUCGAUUAUUAACGGAUAUUCCGCCCCCAAGAAGGAUUUCGAGGACACCGAGACUCUCAAAGAGGUGGCUCGGACAGCACACGAGAUCUUCCGGGUCUCUGACCGGCGACGCAAGCAGGUGCCCUCGGUCGCCUUCUUGGUCAACACGCUGGCCGACUCACUGCCCCAUGGAAUUAAAGAGGUCCAUUUCUGCCAGGGAGGUGUACGAGAAGGAGUCUUGUUCCGUGAAAUGCUCCCAGUUGUCCGCCAGCAGGAUCCCUUGGAGGUUGCCACGGCUCGAUAUGCACCGCCCUCGGCCCAGGCGCUGGCCGCUUUAUUGCUAUCGGCCCUCCCGCGACCAUCUGCCAGCCGAUCGUUCCCAUCUUCCAUCAGUCUCCAUCUUGUUCAGGCCUUUGCCAAUUCACUCUACUAUCACGCUACAAUGUCCAAGGAACUCUCCUCUAGUGCAGCCUUAUACAGCACUAGUACUGGUUUUUUGGCCUCUACGCAUGGAAUUCCACACGCCCAUCGCGCUCUCCUGGCACUCAUGCUCCAGGAGCGUUAUGGUGGAGAAUUACCACCCAGAGAUAUGGAGUUGAAAACACACCUCCAGGGGAUAUUAACCCAGGAGGAGGUUUGGUGGACUCGUUAUUUGGGAAAGCUUGGCCUUGUCCUCAGUCAGCUGUACCCAACGGGCUCUAUUGACACCUCUAAGCCUCGGAUUCUUCCAUCGGCGCAAUGGAAAACCGAUUUAGGGAAGAAAGGCAAGAAAGAGGGCAUGGAAUUGAUAAUUGCCAUUCAAAAGGUUGCUUACGACCCGACCCACCUGAAGCAAGAGCUUGAGCAUGAUGUGCAGAAAAUCCACAAGGUCGGAAAACGAAAGAAUUGGAUCGGCGGGCGAAAUGGCUGGGGCAUCAAAUUAAGUGUCAGAGUGUUGGAAGAGGAUUUAUUAGCUCGGUGA